AUAAUAAAUUCAAUCAGGAAUAUACAGUAUCUGUAAGGCUCCUGUCUAAUUGUAAGAUGUGAUGGUGUGUUGGUUCCCCUGGGUAGGCAAAUGGUCAGGAAUUCCCUGAUGGAUGGCUGGAAGGUUUUGCUGGUGGUUGGCCUGGUGGUUUUGCUGGUGGCUGCAGUAGGAGUGUUCGUGGGGAAGUGCAUGUGGGUGGGAAACAAGAACCCCAUCUCACCCUCAGACCAUUUCUACUCAAAAGCUGCCGUGGCUACAGAUGCUGGGAWAUGCUCUGAGGUGGGGAGGGACAUCCUGAAGAGGAACGGCUCAGCGGUGGAUGCAUCUAUCGCCGCCCUGCUGUGUGUUGGCCUCCUGAACGCUCACAACAUGGGCAUUGGAGGGGGUCUCUUCUUCAACAUCUACAACGCUUCCACAGGUAAGGUAGAAACCAUUGACGCGAGGGAGACAGCACCCAUGAAUGCGACRAAAGACAUGUUUGGCGAUAACAUCAAUCUUUCUCGGGAAGGUGGAUUGUCUAUAGCCAUUCCUGGGGAGAUCCGUGGUUACGAGAUGGCACACAGGAGACACGGCAGGCUGCCAUGGAAGGAGCUGUUUGAGCCAAGCAUUGAGUUGGCACGCGUAGGUUUCCAUAUAGGCAAAGCCCUGGCCAAGGCCAUCGCCAGCAACAAGGACGCUAUUCAAGGAGAUGCCAAUAUGUGGUGAGGAUAGGACAGGAGAUCAAAGAAAACAAAUAUGAAAAAAAAUAUUCUGUAAUUGCUAUAUUACUACUACAACCACUUCUACAAAUCUAAUAAUAUUGACAAAGAUAGACUUAAGUGAUAUGGAUGGUUGAUAAUAGCUACCCUUUAAUGAGAGUGUAAAUGAAAUGUUCUAUAACAGGGAUGGGCAACUUUGAUGGGGGUGGGGGCCACAAAAAAUCUGAACUCAUUAUGAGGAGUCGCAGUGGCUCUCGGGUCUGUGUACCAACAUCCAUACCCACACAUACAGUCAGUGUCGGCCCUAACCUUUUGGGGGCCCUAAGUGACAUUUUGUUGGGGGGCCCCCACCUUGCGAGCAGAACAUUUUAGCAGCCCCCCCUUGACAGCAGAUAGAAAAAUUGAAGUUUUAGAGUUAAUUUCCUGCAAAUUCUACAMAUUUUUUCAUGUGGCAUAGAGGGGGUGCUGCCGUUUAAAAGCAAGUUUGCUGCAAUUCUACACAUUUU